AUGGAGAUGUCCUCGCCGCUCGCCGCCAUGCACCCGCCCCCAAUUCCCGGUCCCUGGGGCUACCGACGCGACCUGCCCCAGUCCAAGCAAUUGUUCGGCGGGGCCAGUCUGGCGCCCAAGAACUUCAACUUCCGUGACCUCAGCAUGAAGAAGAGUGGAGGAGACUACUUUGCCAUGCAGCCUCGCGUGGGCUCCUCGCCCACGGCCAGUCUCGCUGCCGACAUGUCGAGCAACCUGCACGUGGACCAGAGCCCCCAGCUCGCCACCCCCCGCCGGUCGCUCUUCACGUCGAAUCUCUUUCAGCAGCUGGACACCAGGGUGCCUCGAUGGGAAGGCGUCACCACGCCCCCAAUUCCCUCUUCGUCGCCCGGCUUUGCCCCAGACUCGAUGGACAUUUCGCCUCUUCCCCACAAGGCCCCCUUCAGCUUUGCCCACGACCGCUCCCUGCCGCUCCCCUCGCCCUCGCCCGAAGUCACGCCCAGCAGCGACGGUGACAUGCUGUCGCCAUGCGAGGACCUGUCCGACUCUUCUGCCUACCCUACACCCAACAUCGAGGUUCCACGCCCAGUGUCAGCCGCCGACCGCAGAAAGUCUGCCCUUCUGAGGCCUGCUCUCUCGCGUUCGAAAAACUACUCGAAUAAUUCUGUAUCCUUCAAGGAUCAGGACAAGGAUGGCGAGAAUGCUCCGCCUCCACCACCCUUCCAAUUCGGAUGUGGUGACUUUAACCGCACCUCGUCGUCGCUCAGCCUCGACGAGUGCUUUAGUGCCUCUCCCCCACAGGAUCGCAGCAGGCCCACGUCCAAUGGCUCUCUCUUUGGUUCCUCCCGGCCCAAGCCGUAUCGUCUCAACUCUACUGCCACGUCGAGCUCAAGCGGCUCGCCCCUUGCCGCUGUCCGGAAGCCUGCCGGCCCCCCCUCGCGUCGGCCCAGCAAGUUCCGACGCUCGCUGAGCAUGUUCGAAAGCCCCGGUGAGGUGAUGAAUGCCAAACAAGAGCAGGAAAACUACCAGCCCAGUGGUCUUCAGUCUGUAAUGGAUAUCGAUGAUGUUGCGCCUCUCAAACUUCCCCAUUUCACUAUUAGCGAGCCAGAGAGCAUCCCCCGCAUUACCCGUGAGACAUUGGUUGAAGUGCUCGAUGGUGUAUACGACCAUCUGUAUGACAACAAGGUGGUUAUUGACUGUCGCUUCGAGUACGAAUACAAUGGUGGGCAUAUUGAAGGUGCUUUGAACUUUUGUGACAAGGAGAAGCUGGCCGAGCGUCUCUUCCAGGCCCCUUCAAGUGAGAACACGCUGUUGGUGCUCCACUGCGAGUACUCAGCACACCGUGCCCCUCUGAUGGCCAAGUUUGUGCGCUCGCAGGACCGUAAAGAGAAUGCUCACCAAUAUCCCCACCUCUCAUUUCCUGAAGUCUACAUCCUUGAUGGCGGAUACAGUUCCUUCUUCCAUGCCCAUGCUACUCGCUGCCAUCCCCAAAACUACCUCCGCAUGGACGCUAAAGAGCAUGAGCAAUCAUGCGAGCGCGGCCUUAACAAGCUCAAGUUCAAGUCGCGUGCAAAGCUUAACCGUGCCACCACAUUCACCUUUGGACAGCCUUGCCAGAUGGAAGACAGUCCGACGGCCAUGAGCCGUUCACGAAGCGGAAACAACAUCUUCGGCCUUGGCAACGACUCGCUGGAUGGCGCCCGGGCCGGCGCCUCGCGUCGCCUAGCCUCGUACUAA